AUGAUUAACGGAAUUAAAAAUCUAUUUAGCUAUUUAUUUGAUUCUAAAGACUAUUCAACAUUUAGUGGAGUAGUAGAUAUUAUAGUAGUUAGAUAGCCAGACGAUUCGCUUAAAUCUAUGCCUUUUCAUAUCAGAUUUGGAACUUUAAAAGUUUUAGAUAAUUAAAAUAUUAAUAUAUAAAUCACUGUUAAUGAUAAGAAAAUUGAAGAUGUAUUUAUGCUCAUGCUACCUGAAGGAGCAUGCUACUUUCCAGAACUGAACGCUAAAAAUGAAAUUUAAAAGAAGCUAAGACCAAGCUCUGCAAUAUUAAAAAAGUUUAACCUUAAAAAUGGAUAUAAUAAGAUUUAAUUUAUUGCUGAAAGCGAUCUGCAAGGAAAAUAAUUAAUUGAAGGUAAAAUUUAUCUUUACAACUAUGAUACAAAACUUGUUAUAUCUGACGUUGAUGGCACUGUUACAAAAUCAGAUGUUAAAGGUCAUAUAAGCACAAUAAUAGGUAAAGAGUGGACUCAUGAUGAUAUAGCUGAAUUAUACACUAAUAUAUAAAAAAAUGGUUAUAAAAUGGUUUACUUAUCAUCUAGACCCCUUUACUUUUAUAAUUACACUUAAGGCUAUUUAAAAGGUAUAAUAUAAAAUGGAUUUACUAUGCCUGAUGGCCCUAUCUUGCUAUCUCCAGAUUAGAUAAUUAGCUCAUUAAAUAGAGAAGUUGUAUAUAAAAAGGCAGACGAAUUCAAAGGAGCACUACUGAAAGAUUUAAGAAGAGUUUUUCCUGAAGAAGUUAAUCCAAUCUUUGCUGGGUUUGGAAAUAGAGACACAGACGCUACUGCUUGCUUAUACGCAGGAGUAAUUAUAGAUAAUAUAUUCAUUAUAAACGAAUAGAGCUAAGUAGAAAUUUUAGGAAAAUAAGAAAAAUCAAGCUACAAAAAAAUAAAUGAGAAAAUUCAAGAGCUUUUCCCAAGACUACCAAAAAAAAAAGAAGAAAAACAGUAAAAUAAGCAAUUACCAAAAUGA